ACCUAAAAUAAAAAUCAAUUUUAUCAAUAUAAGGAACAACAAUGGACAAUGACUUAUCCAUCCUUACGAAAAUUUAUAUCUUCUUAUUUAAAAUAUUUCAAUGUUUUUUUUACUAUUAUAUUUGAGCACGUUGUUAAAAGUAACAUAUAACUUUCUCCUAAUUUAUCUUAAAACCUUUAAAAAGAGAAAUGCAAUUGGCCUUGGAUCGAAACUAUUAAAUUCGAAAUACCUGACGAAAUUUGUCUAUAUAUACAGUCGAAGUAUUAGUAAGAAAUAAGUUAGUUCACGAUGAGUUUCCACGGCAUGAAAAUGAUGUUCCAUAUCGUGCUCCUUCUGACAAUAUUUCGGGAGUGUUAUAGUUAUAUCAAUAUAGUGAGAGUUCAUGCAAAUAUUUCGACGUAUUACGAAAGUAAUAAUCAUGGAAUUGCGAAAGGAAAAAUCACGGAGUUUACGGAUAAAAAUAUUUCAAACGAAGAUACAAGAAUAACAGGCGGAGAAUACGCAACCGAAAGACAAUUUCCUUUCAUCAGUGUCGUACACCGACUCGUUGGUAAUGGAGUGAUCUCUCAAUGUGGCGGAAGUAUCCUAUCGAAACGAUGGGUAUUAACAGCAGGCCACUGUAUCGCAGAGUCGCCUCACAAAUUUUUUCUCGUUUUUGGUAUUAUCGACAAGUCUGGUAUCAGAUACGAUAAAAACUUUGGUCCUGGAAUUUCGAUGAUUACAACACGAGCGUACCUUCAUCCAAGAUAUAUAGAAGCUAUCAAUGACAUUGGAUUAUUAUACAUGCCUAAAGAUAUUCCUUUUACAAACUCGAUUCAACCUAUUUCACUUGCUGGUUAUAAUGAUCUAUACAAGAGUUACGAACAUGCAACAGCAAUCGUUAUCGGAUGGGGUAAAGAGAGAGCCACUGGUUCCACUUCUCAAGCUUUGAAAUAUGCUCGACUGUCGGUAAUUACUAACAGAGAAUGUAGAUUACAUUGGCAAAUAGACCAGAGAAAUAUUUGUACAGCAUUUGGUUCUGGUCAACACGCUUGCCAAGGUGAUAGCGGUGGUCCUCUUAUCGUGCAAACUACGAAUAAACAAUAUAUUCAAAUUGGGAUUGUAAGUUAUGGCGAUGCUAAUUGUCCCAGUAAUAAACCUGGUGUAUUCACAAGAGUAGCUGCAUUCAGUACGUGGAUCAAUUUGAUCACUAGAAUACGAUAUUAAAUUGCUUAUAUUAUUAUAUAUACGUACAUAUAUACAUAUAUACCAGAAUAAUUUGUAUUAGACAAAAAUGUUGCAAAUAUAUGAAAUAUUCAAUUAUAUAUUGAUAACAAAUACCAAAUUGCUUACA